GUUCUUGUCAGGGAUAGUGAAACAGUCCUAGCGUUAAUAAAUAGACAACAUGCUAAGCAUGUAGAUUGUCAGAAAAAGCGAGAAUAGUAGACCCAGGUAACAAAAAAAAAAUGCCGGGGUGGAGCACAUGAAAGAAUAAGAUUAACCACAACAACACCAACAAUUAGCGGUUGAUGAACAACCACAAUAAUUGAUGGUUGAUGAACAAGAUUGAAGAAACGCACCACGACACGCUAAGCACGAGUUGAUGAACAAGAUUGAAAAUACGCACCAGAUUGAAAAAACGCACCACGACACGCUAAGCACGAGUUGAUGAACAAGAUUGAAAAUACGCACCAGAUUGAAAAAACGCACCACGACACGCUAAGCACGAGUUGAUGAACAAGAUUGAAAAUACGCACCAGAUUGAAAAAACGCACCACGACACGCUAAGCACGAGUUGAUGAACAAGAUUGAAAAUCAGCACCAGAUUGAAAAAACGCACCACGACACGCACAGCGACACGGCUUGUCUCAGGAGUCUCUCUUGCUUGGACGAGGAGAAGCUCCUUCUUGCGGACGAGGAGAUCCUUCUGUCUUUACGUUCGGCUUUUACCUAUCUUUCUCGGAUAAGCUCUCGGAUACCUUUUUGUUACUCUGUAUUCUCAUACCCUUUUGCCAUGGGUUUACAACUUUCAAUAUAUAUUAUUCAUGAGUAGCAGUAGUUGUGUAACCAGCCAUGGGGUAUGAUGAGGGCAAAAUGACAACUACUGCUACUCAUGAAUAAUACAAUGGGGCAAACGGGGCCAAGAUGGGGGGACCGAGAUGGAUAAACGCUGGCGCUAAUCAUGCUUCUGGUACUCUGCCGUUCUGCAUCACCAGUUUACGACUACGUCCACCACCACCUCUCUGGAAGCUGUGCAGUUUACAACUACGUCCACCUCCCUGGGAGUUUACAACUACCCUGUCUCGAGGAGGAUUACAAGCACCCCUUUUGGAGGAUUGCAAGCACCCCAUUUGGAGGAUUGCAACAACUGUCUACCUACUCGACUUAUGGCCCGACUCGAUGACUAAUUUCCACAAGAUGAAAAGACUGAAUACCUAAAUGAUCCUUAUGUUGAUAUAUUUCAGAGAUGAAGCUGCUUCUUCCUCUAAGCUUCCAUUUUUUCGCGAGUGAAGAGUGUAGGUAUACAGUACUUAGUCUAUCUAGUAAGGGAAUAUCAUUCCUCUACUAGUAAGAUAAGAUGCAAGGGAGUCGUAGAUCCAAUCGGAAUCGACUAGCAGGAUGAGAAUUGAUGCUACUCUUCAAGGAAUAAGCCGCUUGCAGGAAAUGAGUCGACAAAUGGAUCGCUUGAGCUCCUCUAAUAAUCGGCACUAUCUUGUUCCACCUGUACAGCCGCCGUAAUUAUCAAGACACCUAUUUCUAUGACCGCUGCUAGUCGAUGACAAGACCGUAUCAACAACGUCAAUGAAAUGCUCAUUUUUCUCAACAUCUUCUUCAUCAUAUGCUAGCUCUCGCUGAAUGA